AUGGCUGGUAAAAGCUUGAUUUGGAAUUCGCUGCUCUGGGCACUGACAGGUGCAACAUUCCUGCCGAGCGACAACCGUCCCUGGAAGAGUUACAAGAAGUGUGGAUACAGAACUGGAUUCGAAACCAUCGACGAGCCUGCCUUCAGCCCGAGCGAGUCCGGAAGAAAACCAAAUACAAAGAUUUACAACGGACGGGGGAUUUUUACGAAGGGCGAGUGGCCCUGGUUCGCUUCGAUUUUGGAGUCAGGUACGGAAAGCUUUAUUGAUCCUAGGGUCAAAUGCAUGGGAGUGCUCAUCAAUUGCAAUACUGUUCUGACGACUGCUGCUUGUGGCAAGACUGUAAGUAAAGGAGAUCAGGUAAAGAUAGGCUCUCCUGUGGCGGAAAACUCGACGGUGGAUCGAAAAGUCAGCCAGGUGGUCAUCCAUCCAGGCUUUACCACGACGCAUAAAGAACAUACAGUGCAUUACAAUAAUGUGGCUGUAUUGUUCGUUGACUCGCCUGUAUCGGAUGAUAUUCUUUACGAAGAAAAUAUGGUCUCGCCUGUCUGCAUGACUGAAGACGCGUCUUUUCUCACCUCGAAGUGCUGGGCCCUUGGCGUCACCACGAGUCCCGGAUCAACGAGCCCUCCUUAUUUAUCGACCGCAGUACAGCUCGAUGUUGAAAGACAGUCAUUAAAGUACUGUAACGCCUUUGGAUACGGAGGCGAACUGGAUAAGGACCAACAUGCUUGUAUAAAGGCAAAAUGGUCUUCUGAAAAUCAAGGCUUCUGCAACCUGGCCGACAAUGGGGCUCCAGUCGUCUGCAAGAGAGAUAACUCGCAAAACGAAUUCUUUUUGCUUGGAAUGUACUCGUUCUCCGAGGGCUGUACGACUUUUCCUCGCCCUGCAAUCUUCCAAAAGACAGACUUUUUGGACGAAUGGAUUCAAAAGACAAUCUUGAAGAAUCAAAAAUGCUCCUGUGUUCCUCCUCGACCCGGACCAAGACUCGAUGUCCAGCCUGACAUGUGCUGCUUGAAUUUCGCCUACAACUCUGGAAUGAAAGAGUGCUGCGGUGGAAAAUUGAUUGAAAGGGAUUCUUCACUAGAAUGCUGCUCUGGAGUUCCCUACGACAGCAAUUCGCACCGCUGCUCCUCCAACGAUGGCUCAAUCGUCAAAUUAUAA